UCAAUAAUGGCGGCGACCGUGAAGGCAUGCAAAGUUUUAGUUAGCAACACUCGUAGUUCACUUCUUUUACCUUAUAUUCUAUCUGAUAUAUUCCACACAAGUCGCGUGUCGUACUCCUUUAGUUAUGCAUUUAGGUGCGAUGAAGCAAAUUGUUGCAAAGUAUUUCAGUCUGGAUUAACAAGGAAUCACAUUACAGCCAGAUGGCUGCAUAGUUCUUCAUCAUAUUCUGCAAACAAAGACUAUUACAAAAUUCUAGGAAUCACAAGAAAAGCUAGUGCGAGUGAGAUUAAAAAGUCUUACUAUCAGCUGGCUAAAAAGUACCACCCGGACACAAACAAAGCUGCUGAUGCAAGCAGGCGAUUUCAGGAGGUAUCCGAAGCAUAUGAGAUUCUUUCUGACGAGAGUAAGAAGAGUCAGUAUGAUACGUGGGGCUCCUCCUCCAGUCAGCCACCUCCGGGUAGGUCUUCCGGUGCUGGCCCUAGCCAACAAGGCUUUGAGGGCUUUCACGCAACCAUAGAUCCCGAGGAAUUGUUCCGCAAGAUAUUCGGAGAUGCGACGCAGUUCAGAAAAGGCUUUGGACAGCAAGCGCAGGGAUUUGCUGACACCAUAUUUGGGUUUGGUGCAGCCUCUGAGGUUGUGAUGAACCUCAGCUUCCAGGAGGCUGCAAGAGGUGUCAACAAAGACAUAGCAGUAAAUGUCGUAGACACUUGUCAGUAUUGCAAAGGCUCCGGUGCAGAGUAUGGCUCCAAAGUAAUCAAAUGUCCGUACUGCAAUGGGACUGGCAUGGAGAGUUUCAGUACGGGACCGUUUGUGAUGCGGGGAACAUGCCGGAAAUGUCACGGAAAAAAAGUGUUCAUCCCGCGACCAUGUAUGGAGUGUGAAGGAAAGGGCCAGUCUGUGCAACGAAAGACUGUCACCGUUCCUGUCCCUGCAGGCGUAGAGGAUGGUCAAACAGUGCGAAUGCCUGUUGGCAAGAAAGAAAUUUUUAUCACAUUUCGCGUGGCAGAUAGUACCUACUUCACCAGAGAUGGUGCAGAUAUAUACACUGACGUAAAUAUUAGUUUGGCUCAGGCUGCACUUGGUGGAUCGAUCAGAAUACAAGGCCUGCACGAAGACAUUGAUUUGAGGGUGCCACCUGGAACGUCCUCACAUACUACACAAAGGCUCGCAGGCAAGGGUGUGGCUCGAGUGAAUAGUUGGGGAUAUGGGGACCACUAUGUGAUCAUCAAGAUAGAUGUACCCAGGAACUUAACCACAGAACAGAGAAACCUGCUACUAGCAUAUGCACAGACACUGAAGGGGACUAAGGGCACCAUCGAUGGUGUUGCCAAAGAUGAUAAAGAGAACUGCAUGGAUUCGGAAGAUGUUAAGCAAGAAGAAGGUUUUUUUGCAACUCUGAAAAACAAGAUUUUUGGCUAAGGAGCGGCCAUGAGUACGACCGCGGUGAAGGGCUCCAUGCUGGACGUGCGCUCCCAACUCACAUCUCUGCUGGAAAAAUUUCAUAACACAACAUCGAGACCAGUGAGUCUUGAUGUGAAUUUCGAAUGUCUGAUCCACCAAAAGGAUCACCACGAGAUACGUUAUUGUAUGCGUAGUAGGCCUGCCUACGAAAAGUCAAACUCGUUAGUAGUGCAUAAUGUGCAUACACAGUUCUAUCCUCUUUAGUCACUUUCUUUCAUGCAGCUGCUUCAGCAUUGAGCAUUUAUAGGUGGGUGCGUAUAAAACAGUGCUUGUGAGUGGCUCUGAUUAAUCCAUUUUUACGAUUCGUUUAUAAUAAGUAUUAAUUACAUUUGCGAUAGAGCAUUGGGUUUCUGUGAUAGGAAUGUGAUAAAUCUCAAUCCAAAUAACAAACGUUUAUACGUGUAAGCAGUCGUGCUCACAGGUAGACUCAUGCAUGUACGUACGCGUAUGCAUGCGUCUACACGCGGAGACGCACACACACAUGCUCAUAAUUGAUCGUAUGGAAGUAACGAUAGCUUAUUAACGAUUAAAAUUAUAAGCAAAGUGUCAAAGUACAUCUUGAACAAAUCGCAAUCGAUUUUUUACUUCUUUUCCUUGCUAAAAUGCAAAAACGUAAAGUAUUCCAUAUGCUGCAAUUGAGUGCCACGUAAAGCUUUGUCUUCUCAUUCAACUGUUUUGGUUUGUUUUUCAUGGUAUGAUUUAUGGGUUCGCGCACUAAUUGAACUUACCUGUUUGAUCCUAAUCUGUAACAAGAUGAAAGGCUCUCAUGAUUGCUCUUCAGAACUAAAAGGCAUGCAUUCCAUGCGGCUACCUACUGAUUAAAUAUCAAGUAUUUUAAUAACUUGGAGUUUUGGGCUGGUACCAUUUAGAAUGCUAGUAUUGAUUGCCUGAGAGAGAGGGGAGAGAGACUCUGAUGACUAGGGAAAGAGCGAGACAGUGAAAUGAUGGGAGUGCGAGAGA